CGUUGCCCAAACUUUUGCAUCCCACUGUAGUAUACUGUGCCAGUCUCUAAAGUGACCAACCCUGUAAUGUAUGCUGCUUGUGUACUCUCUAGAGAAAUUUUUUCAGGAUAUCCAUACAGUGAUCAACUAUGAUUUUGAAAGCCUUGAGUUCACUGUUUUCAGUUGAAGAUGGAUUUUUUUAAGCUGACAAAAAAAACCAAAACUAGUCAGAUUAAAUUAAAACAAAUCUGUCUAGCGGAACAUAAACAGACACCUAGAUGGUCUGUUUAUUUUGUUACUUAUCUUUAGGUCAUCUGUGAGUUUGGCUUUUGUGGAGUUUGUGUGAAGAUGUGGAUAAUUUUCAGAUCAGCAUGUAUUCAAGAGAAAGGUUUUAGCUUACAAGUUUUACUUGUAUAUACUGUUUAUACAUACCAUAGAUGAAGAUGGCCAUUUCAUCUAAAAACUCUUGUUUUUAUUUUCUCUGACCCUAGUGUAGUUGAAAUCAAAGCCAGAGAUUUGUUGAACUAUUUACUGAUAUUAUAGAUUGUAUCAACACAUCCCUUUCAUUUUAAGUUUUCCUUACAGAGUUAACCUCUUCAGGAGACAUAAAAUCAAACUAAGGAUACUUGCAAACAUGUUUAUAAUGGCCUGCAGGGUAGUUGGAUGUUCUUUCAAGUUUCUACAUGAAACUUUUUUACCUGAUAGUUGCAACAAUAUACUUUGUUCAUAGACUGUUUUCUGCAUUGUACAUGGAAAUGGAAAUGAUUGCCAAAGAUGACCCAUUUUCCUGUGCAUGCAAUAUUUACAUCUGUCCACCAUUUUUCUUUAAUUUGGCUAAUCCAGGGUCAUGCAGGGGCCCAGAGACUAUCCCACCUUAUAGGGUAGCAGGGUACACCUCGGACAGGUAUCUAGUAUGUUGCAAGACUAAAAAAGAGAGACAGAUAACUAUUCGUUUUCACAAUCAGACCUGUGGCCAAAUAAGAAUCAACGGUUUACCUAACAUGUCUGUCUUGUGGACGGAUGUUGGAGUUGUAAUGCAAACUGGAGGAAAAUACUAGGGGAGACACUAAUGGAACUAGUGUCUCCCCUUACCUUACAGCUUCCCACUUUGCAGUCAUAUUGACGAGUUUUGGUUCUUUCCUUUAGGUGUUUGUGAUGCCUUGUCUUACAUCCCAUCUGCUGAAGAACCUGCAGUAUCUGGACCUGUCCGACAACCUUCUGACGGACCUGACUCUGGUGGAGACGCUUUGUGGUACAACACAAACUUUGAAGGACAUUCGAGUUUUAAACUUCAGUGGAAAUGCUCUGAAGUCUUUGUCCACCGUGAGCCGACUGGUCACAAAGUUCUCUAAACUGACACACCUGGAUAUUAGUAGGACCGGUUACAGCUUCAUGCCCUCAAGCUGUCCUUGGCCUUCCACCCUGCGAUUCCUAAACAUCUCCGGGGCAAAGUUCACAGCCAUUACCCCCUGUCUACCCCAAACCCUGGAGGUGCUGGAUUUGAGCAACAACAACCUUAAAGAUUUCACUCUACUUCUGCCUGUACUCAGGGAACUGUAUCUCUCUGGCAACAAGUUUCUGAGGUUGCCCUCUGGGCUAUCCUUCCCCAAUCUACAAACCCUGACCAUCCAGUCAAAUACCCUGAACAUGUUUGGCAAAACAGACCUCCAGUCAUACCAGCGACUCGAUAACCUCCAGGCUGGUCAGAAUAAGUUUGUCUGCUCCUGUGACUUUGUCAGCUUUGUCCAGUUGGAACUCCGAGGAGGUGGAGGUAUACAACUGACAGAUGGAGUGGACAGCUACAUCUGUGACUACCCUUUCUAUCUACAUGGACAGCCAGUGGAUCAAGUCCGACUCUCAGUUGUCAUGUGCCAUCAGGUUUUGUUUGUGUCAGUGAGCUGUGGCUUGGCGUUGUUUGUAGCCACUCUGCUAUCUGUGGUGCUGUGGCGCAUCCAUGCCUUUUGGUACCUCAAGAUGAUCUGGGCAUGGCUCAAGACCAAGCGUAAUUCUCGACAACGGCAGCAACGCAGAGAUAAGGCAGACACAGAAGCCCUGAUAUCCUUUGAUGCCUUUGUUUCCUACAGUGAAAGAGAUGCUGGCUGGGUGGAAAAUUUUUUGGUACCUGAGCUAGAGGAGCCAAGUGAAAGCAGCUCUGGGACUAGGUCAACAUCCCACCGGCCCUUGACUCUCUGCCUUCACAAGCGGGAUUUCCUUCCUGGACAAUGGAUUGUGGACAACAUCAUGAAUGCUAUCGAACGCAGUCGGAGAACUGUCUUCAUCCUCUCCGAGAAUUUUGUGCAGUCUGACUGGUGCCGCUAUGAGCUUGACUUCUCUCACUUCUGGCUUUUUGAUGGUCAAGCCACUGGUGAGGCAGCCAUUUUGAUCCUACUAGAGCCAUUGUCCAAGGAUGAUGUCCCCAAACGCUUCUACAAACUGCGCAAACUGAUGAGUUCCACCACCUACCUAGAGUGGCCACAGGAGGAAGAGAAGAGGGAGGAGUUCUGGAGGAGUCUGCGCAAUGCUUUGAGAGGAAACGAUAACUAAAAGAGCAGAAUAUAAUAAAGAAUGAGAAGAAAAAGAAAGAGUUGGACAAUAAGGGAUAAAUAAAGUCAAAGUAAAGCUGUAGCAUCUUAAUUCACUGAUAUCCAAGUCAUCAUUACUGAAAAUCACAACCCUAGCCCCAAACCCCAAAUUUAUUCCUGUGUUUUGGAGAAAAGCAAAAAGGGUUGUGGUUGUUACCAGUUUCUGUCAGUCCAAGGAGGUGGCCUCCUCCACCAACUAGGACAUCAUUGUCACUAGGGAUGGGAAUUGAUAACAAUUUAGUAAUCCCAGUUCUUGUUUCACUUAUCAAUCUCAUUGUCUCCAAUGUGAGAGUCACCACCAUCUCUAAGCAGCAAAUCAAAGACAUUAAAAUCAUGCUAAUUAAUUACAUGCUGUAUGCUCAAAUGUUUGUACAUGUCAGAGC